AUGGAGAAGUCGCCGCGGCCGCUUCCAGAUGACGUGCUCGCGGACAUCCUAGCCCGCCUGCCGCCGCGCGGCCUCGCCCCGUCUCGCGCAGCGUCUGCAGGGAGUGGCGCGCCGUCGUCGACGCCCGCUGACGUCCUGCCGAUCUCGCUGGGCGGCAUCUUCCUCGGGACAAACGAGGCGGAGACUCCGGCGUUCUUCGUCCGGCCCUCCAUGGCGCACCGGAUCGCCGGCGACAUCGACUACUACAUGGAGACGGACCCCUGCGAACGCUACACCACCUCAUGCGUCGUGGACUGCUGCAACGGCCUCCUCCUGCUCGACGACCACGUCGUCAACCCGGCGACAGGGCAGUGGGUGCGCUUGCCGCCGUACCCGGUCUUGCCCGAGACGCAGGGAACGAAGAUGUCUCGCGGCCGCCGGUUCCUUGCGUUCGACCCCACCACAUCGUCGCCUCACUUCGAGGUGCUUGCGAUGGAAGGCCCUCCUUAUUGCAAGGAUACACUACCACCGGAGGGACGAGCAUGGCCGCCGUCAGUAUACGAGUUACUUAUCUACUCAUCUAGCACAGGGAGGUGGGAGGAGAGGCCAUUUGUCCGUAAAGGCCCCGCAACAACGAUUACCAACAACUUAUGGCCAGAUUCCGAUCUUGGACACACUGAUUCUGUCUACUGGCAUGGAGCACUCUAUGUGUAUUGGAGUGAAUUUAGUGUGCGGUAA